GAAAAACACAACUCAUUCUCACUAAGGCACAAGUCUAAGGUCUCAUUUCAUUUUUUGUUCCAUUGCCAUCAUGGCACAUCCCAUUCUGUUGCUUGAACUUUUGAUAGUAUCAUAUUUUAGUGGUUGUCAAGGUGAAAAUACUUUCUCACAGUACUGGAAAGAGCAUAUUGGUCUUCCAAAUCCUCCACAUUGGUUAGCUGCGAAGACUUCUCCAUUAAGCCUCCAUCAGGCAAUAGUGUUUAUGAAGCUAAUGGAAGAAAAUAAAUUGUCUUCCCACCUACAUUCGUUUUGUAAACAGGCUAACAUUGCUUGUUCUACCAAUGCACUGGUGAAGAUAACUACAAACGACACAACCCUACCACCAAUAGCCCAGUGGAAUGCUGUCAAACUAACAUAUGAAGGCCUUCCAAAUGGUACACCCAUAUCAGUUGCCCGCCAAGGGGGAUUGCCAUAUUUUCGCAAAUCAAUGGUGAGAGAGGGAGCUUCCAUUCCUAUCCCUGAUCUAAGAGACACAAUCUCAUAUAGAUCAUUCUUGCCACGACCUCUAGCAACAAAAAUUCCAUUUUCCUUUAGCCAUAUCACGGAAUUAAAGAAGCUUUUUGGUGUGGUGGAUAAAUCAAACAUGGAUGAGUAUAUUGAAGACACCCUCAAGAUUUGUAAGAGGAACCCCAUUAUAGGUGAGCAUUACACAUGCGCAACUUCCAUGGAGGAUCUCAUCGAUUUUGUUGUUGAGAAAUUAGGGCGCCAUAUAUGCAUAUGGAGUACUGAGAGUGUUGAAGGAUCUUAUGAGAAUGUUACAAUUGGAGCUGUGAAACUCAUAUAUGGAAACCUCUCCGAACCACCAAUCUUAUGUCAUAGCCAACCAUUCCCAUUUCAAGUCUAUUAUUGUCAUGUUUUGCAGAAAGUUAAAGUAUAUGCAGUUGAUAUACAUGCUUGGAAGAAAGUGAAUCAUGUGAUCAUGGCAUGCCACUAUGACACAUCAACUUGGAGUCCAAACCAUCUUGCUUUCGAGCUCCUGGGUUUUGGCCCAGGCCAAAUUGAAGUUUGUCAUUGGAUAAAUGAAAAUGGAGUGGUCUGGACAAAAAGGCUAAGUUGAGCAGUAAUAUUUGAAGAGUUAAUUAUCUUCCAGCUCUCUUGUUUGUGUUACAUGUUUUCAACUUAUUCUAUUUGAAGGACAAAUAAUGAGCUAUUUUUCCUUG